UGACAGAUAGGACGUAAGCGGAAAUUUUUGGUAAAAAAAUAAAACUAACAUUCGAUCAGGAGAUUCUCACAUGGAUGAGAAUUUUAAGGUACCCUCCCAUGGCACAUGAUGUGUGAAGCAAGGUAGAGGUGUUCCACAUGAAGAUGAAAUCCACAAGAAGAAGAAUUUAAUGUUGUGAUAAACAUCUGAAAUUAACUUUAGAAGGCUACAAAUUUCUUCCAAGAUGUCUGACCCAUCUGGUGGAAACUACGGUGUGGAUCCAACAGUCCUGGAGAAGGAUGGUUUUAACCUGGCAUGUCUGGCUGUGGAGUAUGACACAAAAGGGGAAGUCAGCAAUGCUAUAUUUUACUAUGCAGAAGCUGGCCAGGCUCUACUUUCUGCAGCGAUGGCUGGGUCACAGAUGCCUAACAUUGUAGAGAAGGCUAAUGAGUAUAUUCUUAGGGCUGAAGCUCUGAAAAACUCAGGUCAAAACACUGCAUCUCAAAGUGCUCCAGGUGUGAAAAGUCAGCAACAGUUUGACAUGGAUCGUGCAGUGUUUUUGCUGAACCAAGCAUUUGAGGAAGAUGACUCAGGAAAUAAAGAAGAGGCUACAGAACUCUACUCAGAGGCGGUGGAAAUGUUCCUCAAAAUUAGACAAGAAACAACAGAUACUGAUGUAAAAGAGAAAGUGACAAAACUAGCAACAAAUGCUCUGAACAGGAGAACCUCUGCUAUAAAUGGCAGAGCGUAUGUGCCCUUCAUGGCAAUUGACAUGAAAGAGAGAUUUGCAUAUCCAAUGCCGUUCACUGACAAAGAUGGCAAGUUGGCGCUAUCCCCCAAGCAGAGGUCGAAGUACAAGUGGGUGAGACCAGAAGAGUUCAUUGAUAAACCCCAGAUGAUCAUGGCUGUGUCCAGUAUGAGUAUUAGACAGACCAUCGUCUCUGACUGUAGUUUCGUGGCAUCUCUGGCUAUCAGUGCUCAGUACGAGAGACGGUUCAAGAAAAAGCUUAUCACCAGCAUCAUAUACCCCCAGAACCGUCAGGGAGAACCUGUAUAUAACCCAUGUGGUAAAUACAUGAUCAAACUUCACAUAAAUGGAGUACCAAGGAAGGUGAUCAUAGAUGACUAUCUUCCCAUGGGCCCUUACGGGGAGCUGUUGUGCUCCUACUCCAACAAUCACAGUGAGCUGUGGGUGUCCCUGCUGGAGAAGGCCUACAUGAAGGUGAUGGGGGGUUAUGACUUUCCCGGGUCGAACUCUAAUAUAGAUCUCCAUGCUCUCACUGGCUGGAUCCCAGAGAGAGUUGCUAUCCGUCCAGGAACAGACGAGUUCGACAAAGACCGAGAAUUCAAGAGGCUCCUCGACCGUUUCCACAAAGGUCACUGUCUAGUCACUGUGGCAACAGGAGAGAUGAGUGAAAGUGAGGCUGACCGAGCUGGUCUUGUACAGACACAUGCGUAUGCCAUGUUGGAUAUCAGAGAAGUUUUGGGGAAGCGAUUGUUUAUGUUGAAAAAUCCCUGGAAUCAUUUACGGUGGAAGGGUCGGUUCUGUGAGAAAGACCUUGACAGCUGGACUCCAGCCCUGCAGAGGACGCUCAACUAUGACCCCAAGAGUGCUCAGUCAUAUGAUAAUGGGGUGUUUUGGAUAGACUAUGACUCGCUUUGUCGCUUCUAUGACGUUAUUUACAUCAACUGGAACCCAGAGCUGUUUUCUCACACAGCCUGCUGGCAUCACACAUGGCCUGCUAAGGAGGGCCCAAAGAAGGACAGUUACAACAUGAGUGACAAUCCUCAGUACAGGCUAGAUGUGAGAGCUCCAGGGCCUGCCGCAGUCUGGAUACAGCUGACAAGGCAUAUUGUGGACAAGGAUGACUUUGCAGACAACAAAGAAUUCAUAACAGUUCUUGUGUACAAAACAGAGGGUAAAAAGAUCUUUUAUCCAUACGACCCCCCUCCGUACAAGGACGGAGUUCGUAUCAACAGUCCCCACUACCUCUGCAAACUAGUGGAGAACAAAGGUUCGACGAGUUACACCCUGGUGAUAUCGCAGUACUCAAAGAACAAUACCAUACACUACACACUCAGGGUGUACGCUACCUGUGAGAUUCUGCUUACCAAAAUCAAGGACCCCUUUAACGAAAAGUACUCCAAACGGCUGACAGGCCAGUGGAAGGGGAAGACGGCUGGGGGAUGUGCCAACUACCCACAGACCUACAACAACAACCCCAUCUACCAGAUCAAGAUUGACAACAGUAAGACAGACAACACCAUCCUCAUAGAGCUCCUGGGGCCUAAACAGUACAGUGUAGGUUUCAACGUUGUCUGUGUCCUGGAAAAUGUCUCUGAUACACCUACGUCUUUCAAGAAGAAGUCAUCAGGUGACUUCAGGCCCGGUUACUGCGUCCUCCAGAUAGACCAGAUCCCAGGGGGAGUCUACAACAUCAUACCCUGCACAUUCCAGCCUGGUAAAGAGGGUCCCUUCUUCCUGGACUUCAGCUCCUCAGGGCCUAUCACACUGUCUCAGCUCCAGUGAUCUCCCCUCGAGACGGUGGAAAUCCAGCUCUCCUCGAGUGGAGGUGAAAUAGGUUGUUCCUGCUGAA